UAUUAUUAACAUAUUUCUGUUGCAUCCUGUUUCAACAGAGUUCAGGGCUUCCACUGAUAAUUUUAUUUCUAGGAUUUAAUUUUUCUAGGACAAAAUGUAUAAGCUUUUCUUUCAACAAACAUUAAAGGAAUUAGGGGAGAAUCGGGGCCUUUCCACACGGCCAUAUAACCCAGAAGUUGGAGGGUCCUCCCUUUGUUUUUACCCAUAUAUAUAGUGUAAUAAUUGUUAAGACAAUGCCUCAGCUUUACAUUCCUUUAGAUGAUGAUGAGCCUGAUGAGGAAGCCAUGGUCCUGCGAGGAAAAAGAAGAGGCAAAUGUUUGAGAUCCGCAUUGGCAGCUCCAUUGAGCAUUGACUGAAUGAUGUACAGACCAGACUCAGCUGGAACUGAGUCAGGAAAAAUCCUUGAGGGCAUGAAUGCUGGGAGCAAUGGAAGAGUCUGGGAAAUAAUGGCACAGAGGUUCCUGGAUAAGGUCCUUGCCAUCUCAGGUGCACAGCUUCAGGCCUUCAGGCAGUUCUCCUACCGAGAGGGCGAGGGACCCAGAGAGGUUUGCAGCCGCCUCCACGAUCUCUGCCGCCAGUGGCUGAAGCCAGAGCAACACACCAAGGCGGAGAUGCUGGACCUGGUGAUCCUGGAGCAGUUCCUGAGCCUCCUGCCCCCAGAGAUGGGGAGCUGGGUCCGAGAGUGUGGGGCAGAGACCUCUUCCCAGGCGGUGGCCCUGGCGGAAGGCUUCCUCCUGAGUCAGGCAGAGGACAAGAGGCAGGAAGAACAGGUGAAAAAGUGCUGCGUAGAAGUUCAGCCUGAUUUCCUUGCUUCAGGGGAGAGGACGUCACUUUGCAAGGUGAGGACAAUCUUGGGGAGGGUGUGCUUUGAUGCAGAAUUUCGGUAAAUUUAAUCUCCCCAACUUUGUCAAUGGACUAAAUGUUUACUGUUGUGAAAAAAAAAAUAACACAGUAACACAUGCCAGGCUGAGAGUGUGUAACUGGACAAAACGUCCUAGUCCAGGGGGACUAGAAAGUGGUGCUCUCAAGACCCAUUUCAAUUACUUAUCCAUGGCCAUGUUUACUUUAUUUAUUUAUUUAUUUAUUUACAGUAUUUAUAUUCCGCCCUUCUCACCCCGAAGGGGACUCAGGGCGGAUCACAUUAUAACACAGAUAGGGCAAACAUUCAAUGCCCAUAAACACAUCAAACAGAGACUGAGAGACAGACGCAGAGGCAAGUUAACCUUCUUCUGAGGGGAUGUUCGAUUCUGGCCACAGGGGGGAGCAGCUGCUUCAUCAUCCACACUGACGGCACUUCCUCAUUCCAGGUCGUAAAUUAGUUAAUCUUGCCUCCCCACUUUAUAAGUGGUACCUUAUCUCCUACUUGAUAGAUGCAACUAUCUUUAGACCUAACUCUAUUGUGUUCAAGGUGUUUUUCUCUGAUAAGAGUUUUGGGGAUUGUGGUUGUAGUCUCUGAGACCAUCAUGGAUGAUUUUAGGAAGAACAUUAGAAAGAACUUCCUCACUGUGAGAGCUGUUCAGCAGUGGAACUGUGGUGGAGGCUCCUUCUUUGGAGGCUUUGAAACACAGGCUGGAUGGCCAUCUGUCAGGGGUGCUUUGAAUGCCAUUUUCCUGCUUCUUGGCAGGGGGUUGGACUGGAUGACCCAUGAGAUCUCUUCCAACUCUAGGAUUCUAUGAUUCUAUGACUUGUUUCCCAUUGCCUUGAUCUCUCUCCCAGGGGCCGGAACUACAUUAGAAACAACUGCUCAUUUGUCUUUUCUCUCUUCUGAUGGAGGAGAAUCAUUUCAGGUAAGUAGAGGGAUCAGACCUGAAAGGAGUUUAGCAUCGGGUUGUUGUGUGUCUUUCGGGCUGUGUGGCCAUGUUCCAGAAGCAUUCUCUCCUGACGUUUCGCCCACAUCUAUGGCAGGCAUCCUCAGAGGUUGU